ACGCCCGUAAUGUAAUUUUACUUAUUAAUGAAUCAACAGCCGAUGAAUUGAUGAUUAAAUAUUAAUUACACGUGUUUUAAUAAUCUAUGAUAAAUCAAACGAUAAAAUAAAAUUUGCUGCAUAUGCUAAGUACGUAGUGUGAAACAGAUCAUAUAAACACUUUCGGAUCCAUGGUGUUUUAGUGUGUGUGUUUUUUUCAAGUUCAGCAAUGUGUUUUCGUCGCUUGGGAAUUUUUAUCUAGGACAAUCGCGGUUCAGUAAUAAGACUAUCGUUUGAAACCUAAAAUGGCGGAAACACCGUCUGGACGUGAAUUCGAGACCGGCUCUGUACUUCCGGAUGGGGAGCCAGGAGGUGGUAAUACGAACGUAGGAGCGGAUGUUGUAAACACAGAGCUAGAGGCAAAUGGGAAUACAGUAACAUUUGGCGGUGUGGAGACAUUCUCAGCUACCAAUUCCACAACGGCCACUACGCCACACGCGCUGACGGAUGAGACCGGAAGGACCCCGGAACCGCCGCUAACGAUCGCGUCCACUUCCGAGGUGAUCUCUAACAGGCCCGGCACCUCGACGACCCCGGGGCCGCCAUUCGACCGCGCCGAUACCAACACACCCAAAAUGGCUAUCAACCCGGAUGUAGUCAAGGACCGGGUACCGGGGUCCAAGCCGUAUCUGAACGCGGUGGUGAUAGGUCACCUCGCCAGCGGCAAGUCCACGGUGGCGGGAAGGCUCGUGUACGAGUGUGACGGCAUAGACGAGGAACUUAUGUCCAAGUUUGAGCAGGAGGCAAACGAGGCGGGCAAGGAGACGCACAAGUACGCCUGGAUCAUGGACAAGAUGGCGGCGGAACGCGAGCGCGGCAUAUCCAUAGAUACCAAGCUGCGACGCAUAGAGACGCGCAACUACUACGUGAACGUUAUCGACGCUCCCGGCCACACGGACUACUGUCAUAACAUGAUCACAGGCUCCUCCCAGGCGGACGUAGCGGUGCUGGUGGUGUCCGCAGCCCCUCUCGAGUACGAGCAGGGCGUGGCACGUGACGGACAGACCCGCGAACACGUGCUCCUCGCGUACGCCAUGGGUGUCAAACAACUGAUAGUGGUCGUCAACAAAAUGGACCUGACUAGGCCCAAAUACAGCGAGAAACGCUACACGUUCAUCGUUGAGAACGUUGAUCUGCUGGUGAAGAAGGCCGGGUUCGAGCCCGAGACCGUCAUCUAUCUUCCCGUGUCGGGCUGGAUGGGAGACAACCUCGUCAAGCGCAGCGAGAACCUCGCCUGGUUCAAGCAGUGGCAGAUCGAGCGGAAAUCUGGCGGCACUAGCGGGCGCUCCCUCCUGGACGCGCUUGACUGCAUGGAGCAACCGCCUCGCCUGGAGCGUUACCCUCUCCGCAUCGCCGUGCACAGCGUCUAUAAGCUCGGAGCAGUAGGAGUGGUGGCAGCGGGCCGGAUCCACACUGGCUUCGUGAAGCCUGGCAUGUCCGUUACCUUCGGACCGCCUGAUAUCAAAACACAGGUUCGAGCCGUCCAGCUUCACCAUGACGCCGUCAGCGAAGCGUACCAGGGCGAGAACGUAGGCUUACAGAUUGAGGGUCUUGACAUCAAGGACAUCCGGAAGGGGUUCGUGCUGGGAGAGACAAACCGGGACCCGCCCAGAAAGGUGCAGCUCUUCACGGCCCAGAUCGUUAUUCUGCGUGGCGACGGCCCGAUCCGGAAGGGGUACACACCCAUGCUACACUGCCACACGGCCUGUGCACCGGUGCGGUUCGCCGAGCUCAAGGAACGCUGUGACCGCCGCACGGGCAUCAACCAAGAGUACAAUCCUAGUGAGCUCAAACCUGGGGACGCCUGCAUCGUAGACCUGGUGCCGGUGAAGCCCCUUUGUAUCGAGUCGUUUUUCGACUACCCAACAUUAGGCCGUUUUGUGAUACGCGACGCGAAGCAAACGAUCGCAAUCGGCGUCUGCGUGAACAUCCCAGGCCGCGAGCCGCCACAAACCGACGACGACAAGUGGGCCGUCGGCACCGUUCCCUUCUCCCGGCGGCCGCAGACGACCGGCGGACGCAGCGUGACGUUCAACCUCCCACAGUCGGACGAGUUCGACAAGCCGUCCAAGAACUUUAGCUUUCAGGAUGAGGCGACGUUCAGAACACAGUCGGGAAAGUUGGAGACUAUUCUGUAGAGGCACAGUCUGAGUGACGCAUCAAUGUACAGUGACGGGUGAUACAAAUUUCGGCAUACUUAUUUUGUGCAAGGGGGGAGUGGGGCUAUGUCACACUGAUACAGUCGUAUAUAGAAUAGAAGUAUACGUAAUGAACAUUGAAUAUCACCUUUAUGAUCAUGAAUAUUAUGGAUGUUAUGUUAUUGGCGAAUAAAUCUAUUAAAAUGUAUUGCUUAUACAAUGGUUUUUCUAUGGUCCAUAUAACUGCCAUGACGUAUUGUUUGAAAUUUAAAUAAUGAAAUUUAUUAAAGAAGUAAAUUAAUAUUAAAUUAAUUUCUUUAUUACAGAAGUAUAUCUAGUUCAUUGCAACAAUGUAAUAAUGAUAUUUAUGUAAUUAGACUAUCAAUAUUAAAGACGUAUAGUGUUAUUUUUAUCAUAUGUAUGUAUUAUGUAAAAUAAUUGUUUAUAAUGCAGUGCUGUUAUUUUGAUAUGUAUGAAUUAUGUUUAUGUUUUAUAAUAAAGAAUAAUAUAACACGACUGUUAUA